CUCGAAACAAUUCAGACGCGACAGUUGUGUGUGUGGAGAAGAGCAGACGACCGGCUGGAAAAUUUCAUAAUUAGGCAGAAACAGAACAAAGAAUGAUUGCACAAAAUUUAAUCAGUAAGCUACGUCCAUGCGUUACCCGCUUGGCCAGCACCAAAUCAAGCAGUGCACCCAAAUUUAACUGGCAAGAUCCACUUAACUUGGAGAGUCAACUAACCGAGGAGGAGGUGGCCAUCCGCGAUGCCUUCCGCGGCUAUUGCCAGUCGGAGCUUUUGCCGCGCGUAACGAUGGCCAAUCGCCUUGAGCAAUUUGAUAAGAAAAUCAUGGAAGAAAUUGGCAGUUUAGGAGUCUUAGGCUGCACACUGCAAGGCUAUGGAUGUGCCGGUGUCUCCAGUGUAGCAUAUGGUCUUCUUACGCGCGAAGUGGAACGUGUGGAUUCCGCAUACCGUUCAGCAGUGAGCGUACAAAGCUCCCUGGCCAUGGGCGCCAUCUACGACUAUGGAUCCGAUGAGCAGAAGCAAAAGUAUUUGCCCAGCAUGGCUCAAGGCAAACUGAUAGGCGCCUUUGGUCUGACAGAACCUAAUCAUGGCAGUGAUCCAGCUGGAAUGGAAACCCGCGCUAAAUACGACAGCAAAACCAAGACCUAUAUACUCAACGGAUCAAAGACGUGGAUUACCAGUGCACCCAUUGCCGAUGUGAUAAUCGUCUGGGCCAAGUGCGAAGAUGGCAAGCUACGUGGCUUUAUUGUGGAUCGCAAAUUGUCUGCCAAGGGUUUGGAUACGCCCAAGAUCGAGGGCAAGUUCUCGCUGCGCGCAUCACCAACAGGCAUGAUACUGAUGGAUGAUGUUCAUGUGCCAGAGGAACAGCUGUUGCCCAAAGCUCUGGGCUUCAGUGGACCCUUCAACUGCCUGAACAAUGCACGUUACGGGAUUGCCUGGGGUGCUUUGGGUGCAGCCGAGGCAUGUGUGGAGACGGCACGUCAGUAUACGCUGGAUCGCAAGCAAUUUGGACGACCAUUGGCCGCCAAUCAGUUGAUCCAAAAGAAGUUGGCAGAUGCCACAACUGAAAUAGCACUUGGUCUGCAGGCGUGUCUGCAUGUGGGUCGCCUCAAGGAUCGCAAACUGCACACACCCGAAAUGAUAUCGCUGCUGAAGCGUAAUAAUGCUGGCAAGGCAUUGGAUAUUGCUCGUCAUAUGCGGGACAUGCUGGGCGGCAAUGGCAUCAGUGAUGAGUAUCAUGUAAUCAGGCAUGUCAUGAAUCUGGAAUCAGUUAAUACCUACGAAGGAACUCAUGAUAUUCAUGCCCUGAUCUUGGGACGUGCCAUUACUGGACUGGCGGCGUUUGCUAAUUAAUUGAAUUUUGACUUAGAAAUUGGUACAACGUACUCUGGCAUUUGUUACUAGUUUUAAGCAAACUAACUAAAAAAAAUCAAUUAUAAGAACGAGA